AUGACGGAGAUCGACCUCUUGCUUGCCGAUUGCCGUGAACUCCAACACCGUGGACUACUGACGCCCGAUCAGCUUAAGGAGUAUGAGACGUCUCUUGCCUCCGCCUCCACGUUACCUGAAACCAUCCGCGAGCGUGUAUCGUCGCUAUUGGUGCAAGACGCAGACGUGACCAUCGAGCGUGUGCGACUGCGAUGCAACAAGCAGGAACUGGAGUCGAUGGGCAACUCGGAGCUGACUGCGGUGGCUGUAGGCGGCGCUUUAGGUGCGUUAAAUGCCUGGCUCCGCCCAGCGCCCGCUUUGACAUUGACCACGAAGCCGACGACGCUGUGGGCCAGCGCAUUUGACGGCGCCGUGGUCACUUUGAACACGGCCAAGCGAAAACGGCGUGUGCAGAAGCUGCAACUGCAACUGAUAAGCGGAGAUGUGGCCACUUGUCGCCACGUAGUCCUCUGUAUCAAUGGCUUUAUGACGCAGAGCGACGAUCCGACGCGCAACUGGCGCGUGUGGACACAAGACAAUCAACAGGAUGCUGCUGUCUUCGCCGUGCAGUGGGAGGCCGGCGAUUCUGCCGCCUGGAACGAGUUUUGCUCGCACGUGAAUGACAAUCUCGCUAGCUCGUCGGUCUCAUCCAUGGUCGCGCAAUUCGCAGACAACCCGUGGCACAGUGCUCAAGGCAAAGCAGAGCAGGUGGGCGUGUUGCUCGCGCAUGUACUGGCCGAGCGUCCUGCAAUACUGCGAGGCCGCAAAAUCUCAUUGUUCGGCCACUCAUUGGGAGGUGCCGUGAUCUAUAGCACCUUUCAGGAGAUGGCUAAGCUACGAGCGCAGAAGAAAGGGGACGGUCUGCCACUGAUCACCAACGCCGUGAGUUUUGCCGGUGCGUUCAUUCCUGACGCUAAGAAAGGCCUUGACAACAUCUCUAGUGCCCUUGAUCCAAACGGAGGCAAGUUCGUCAACGUCUUCUCAUCUCGGGACGGAGUGCUGUCGAGACUCUUUUGGGCACUGCAACUGCCAGGACCAAGCGGCCUUGCUGCUGCUGGUUGCGAGUCGAUCGCCUUUGCUGCUUCAUCUGCUGCCAACUGCGUGAACGUCGAGGUGUCAGACUUGGUGAUCCCGUGUGUGGAAAAUCACUUUGGCCACAGCUACUCGCACUUCAUGGACGUCAUCAAGUCACGCGUGCUGCCACAUCUCUUUCAGUCAUAA